AUGAUUAAAAUACAGUGGAAGUUUGGAGGGAAACUCAUAGUUGAAAUGACUGGAGAGAACCGUGAGAAUCCUCAAUGGACUGAUGAAUUCAGAGACCAAAUGAAGCUGGACCCUCAGACUGGAUCUCUCAUCAUUCAACAAACCAGACCUGAACACUCUGGAUUAUAUAAACAAGAAAUCACUAGCAGAGAUUAUUCAACAUUCAGACUCUUCAGGAUUAUCGUCUGUGAUGAAGAGAAGUCAGUGCCAGUGAUGAAGGGGAAGGAUGUGACUCUACGUGUCAAUCCUGAAAUACAGACAGGAGAUAAGAUAUUCUGGAUGUUUGGACAUGACAACCAUGUCUUAGCUAAAAACACAGAAGAGAAGUGUGAAGAAGAAAUUGCUUAUCGUGAGUCUGAGUACAGUGAUGAUAGAUUUAAAGACAAAGUGGAUCUGAAUCAUCAGACUGGAGAUCUCACCAUCAAGGAAACUGAAACUAACCACACUGGAGAAUACAAACUAAAGAUCAUCAGAAAUGGCAAAGCCUCAUUCAAGUUAUUCAAUGUUACUGUUUCUGGACCAGUGAAUGAAUCAGUGGAGAAGGGAGAUUCUGUCACUCUGAACUAUGAUACUGAAAUACAGAAGGAUGAUAAAAUACAGUGGAAGUUUGGAGAGAAACUCAUAGCUGAAAUGACUGGAGAGAACCGUGGGAACCUUCAAUGGUCUGAUGAUGAAUUCAGAGACCAAAUGACGCUGGACCCUCAGACUGGAUCUCUCAUCAUUCAACAAACCAGAUCUGAACACACUGGAUUAUAUAAACUAGAGAUCAAGACCAGAGAUUAUUCAACAUUCAGACUCUUCAGGCUUAUCGUCUGUGACGAACAGAAGUCAGUGUCAGCGAUGAAGGGGGCGAAUGUGAAUCUACGUGUCAAUCCUAAAAUACAGACAGGAGAUAAGAUAUUUUGGAUGUUUGGAGAUGAUAACUGGCUCUUAGCUAAAAACACAGAAGAGAAGUGUGAAGAAGGGUCUGAGUACAGUGAUUUUAGAUUUAAACCUGAUGUGGAUCUGAAUCAUCAGACUGGAGAUCUCACCAUCAGGAGAAUCGAAACUGACAACGCUGGAAAAUACAAACUAAAGAUCAUCAGAAAUGGCAAAUCCUCAUUCAAGUUAUUCAAUGUUACUGUUUCUGGACAAGUGAAUAAAUCAGCGCUGAAGGGACGUCCUGUCACUCUGAACUAUGAUACUGAAAUACAAGAGGAUGUUAAAAUACAGUGGAAGUUUGGAGAGAAACUCAUAGCUGAAAUGACUGGAGAGAACCGUGAGAACCCUCAAUGGUCUGAUGAUGAAUUCAGAGACCAAAUGAAGCUGGACCCUCUGACUGGAUCUCUCAUCAUUCAACAAACCAGACCUGAACACUCUGGAUUAUAUAAACAAGAAAUCACUAGCAGUUAUUAUUCAACAUUCAGACUCUUCAGGAUUAUCGUCUGUGAUGAAGUGAAGUCAGUGCCAGCGAUGGAGGGGGCAGAAGUGACUCUACGUGCCAAUCCUAAAAUACAGACAGGAGAUAAGAUAUUCUGGAUGUUUGGAGAUGAUAACAGUCUCGUAGCUAAAAACACAGAAGAAGAGUGUGAAGAAGAAAUUGUUUAUUGUGAGCCUGACUACUGUGAUUUAAGAUUUAUAGACAUUGUGGAUCUGAAUCAUCAGACUGGAGAUCUCACCAUCAGGAGAAUCAGAACUUUCCACACUGGAGAAUACAAACUAAAGAUCAUCAGAAAUGGCAAAUCCUCAUUCAAGUUAUUCAAUGUUACUGUUUCUGCUGCAGGACAUCAAGUGAAUAAAUCAGCGCUGAAGGGACGUUCUGUCACUCUGAACUAUGAUACUGUAAUACAAGAGGAUGAUAAAAUACAGUGGAAGUUUGAAGAGAAACUCAUAGCUGAAAUGACUGGAGAGAACCGUGGGAAACCUCAAUGGUCUGAUGAUGAAUUCAGAGACCAAAUGAAGCUGAACCCUCUGACUGGAUCUCUCAUCAUUCAACAAACCAGACCUGAACACUCUGGAUUAUAUAAACUAGAGAUCAAGACCAGAGAUUAUUCAACAUUCAGACUCUUCAGGAUUAUCGUCUGUGAUGAACAGAAGUCAGUGCCAGUGAUGAAGGGGAAGGAUGUGACUCUACGUGCCAAUCCUGAAAUACAGACAGGAGAUGAGAUAUUCUCUGUCACAGAUGAAGAGGAGAGGAGACCAUUGAUGAAGGACUCCACAGAAAAACGAAGAGAAUGAAUCAGUGACUGUAAUGAUGCCGCUGCUGAAAGCAGAGGAUCGGGAUGGAGUGAAUGAGCAGGAGAGUUUACAUUUAAUGAGAUUAGACACGCCCACCAGUGUCAAUCACUCUGACAUCAUCAACACUUCAGCUUCCAACAACAAAAACACAUUUCUGCUUUCAUAAUCCUCUAGAAUCAGUGAAAGAGAGAAAUGAGCCCGUGUCUGUUGAGAUGAUGAACCUGCAUGUGAAAAUUACUUUAUAUGAACCGAGAAACAUAGUAAUCAAACACUUUCUUAUAUCAUUUUAAUGAAUGUUACACUUCAUACCUGUACCACUGUUAAAGGGAUAGUUCACCCAAAAAUGAAAAGUUGGAAGUGAUGUCUAGCACUCAUUGAAGUAUAUGCGUGAGACAUCACUUUUGUUGUCAGAGCGCGAUCAGACCUCACUAAUCGAGUGCU